CUGUCACUAAGUUACCUUCUUCGCAAAAAAAAACGUGUUUCUGUUCACAUUCGCGGUGUUGCUUCAUGUCUCUCCUCUAAGUAUUGUUAUAUUAUGUGCAGUCGGUCAUCACCUCUUGAGCGUAACGUUAGCUGUAACAGUUCACACAAAAUGAAAUAUAUUUUAGUUACGGGAGGUGUGAUAAGUGGUGUCGGAAAAGGAGUUAUUUCAAGUUCGUUUGGAACGUUGCUGAACAGUUGCGACAUUCCAGUCACAUCCAUAAAGAUUGAUCCGUACAUAAACAUCGACGCUGGAACAUUCUCACCGUACGAACACGGUGAAGUGUUUGUGCUGGACGAUGGUGGUGAAGUGGAUUUGGAUCUCGGUAACUAUGAACGCUUCCUGGACAUCAAACUGCACAGUGACAAUAAUAUAACGACUGGAAAGAUCUAUCGGCAAGUGAUCGAAAGGGAGCGACGUGGCGACUAUCUAGGCAAAACAGUUCAAGUCAUCCCACACAUAACCAAUGCCAUUCAAGAAUGGGUAGAGCGUGUUGCCAACACACCAGUUACAGACAAUACCAAACCACAAGUGUGCAUAGUUGAACUAGGCGGUACAAUCGGUGAUAUCGAAGGAAUGCCGUUCGUCGAAGCCUUCCGUCAAUUUCAAUAUCGAAUCGGCCGGGAAAAUUUGUGUUGCGUUCAUGUGUCGUUGAUACCUACGCCUCGGUCGACAGGCGAACCGAAAACGAAACCGACUCAAGCCAGCGUACGUGAACUGCGCCGAUUGGGUCUGACACCGGAUUUGAUAGUGUGCCGGUCGGAGAAAGCUGUCGGCCAGGAUGUGAAAGACAAAAUCAGUAUGUACUGUGAUGUAGCCGCCGAUCAGGUGAUUUGCAUUCCCGAUUUGUCGUCCAUUUAUCAUGUGCCGCUGAUCAUGGACGCCCAUAACAUAAUCGAUUUCCUGAAAGAUCGCCUGAAACUGAACAUCGAAUCUCCUAGACCAAUCAAAUAUCUGCAUCAGUGGAGAGACUUGGCGAAAAAGAUUGACAAAAUAACGCGCGAAGUGAAUAUAUCGCUGGUGGGAAAGUACACCAAGCUGGAAGAUUCGUACGCAUCCGUUUCGAAGGCUUUGCAGCAUGCGGCCACAUCGGUCGGCUACAAAUUGAAUUUGAAAUUUCUGGAUGCGUCGGAUUUGGAAGAGAGCACGAAAGCAGACGACGAGGCGAAAUAUCAUGAGGCCUGGCUGGUUCUGUCACGCAGUCAUGGUGUUAUUGUACCGGGUGGUUUUGGUUCACGCGGUAUGGAAGGCAAAAUAUUGGCGGCCAAAUGGUGUCGUGAAAACAAGAAACCGUAUCUGGGUAUCUGUCUUGGUCUGCAGGCGUCGGUCAUUGAAUUUGCACGGAAUGUACUGAAGUUGAAGAAUGCAAAUACAACAGAAAUAGAUCCGGAUACUGAACAUAAGCUCGUAAUCGAUAUGCCUGAAUUCACACCCGAGCAAAAAGGUGGUACGAUGCGACUGGGAGCUAGAACAAGUAUUUUUAGAGAAAAUGACAAAAGUGUGAUAAGAAAACUAUACGGAAAUCAAAAUUCAAUUAAUGAACGACAUCGUCAUCGAUACGAAGUAAAUCUGGAAUACGUUGACGAAUUACAGAAGCACGGACUGCAAUUUGUAGCUACAGAUACUGAAAGAAAACGUAUGGAAAUUGUUCAACUGGACGAUCAUCCAUACUAUGUGGCGACACAAUUCCAUCCGGAAUAUUUGUCACGACCACUGAAACCGUCUGCUCCAUUUUUGGGUUUGAUAUUGGCUUCCGUUAAGAAAUUGGACAGGUUCUUAGAUCAUGGGUGUCGUCUGACACCUCGGGAAAUGAGUGACGUUAGCUCAGAUGAAGAAGCGAGUCCUCGUAUUAUGAAUGGUCACGAUUUUUCGAAAAUGAACGGAAAGAUUGUCAAUGGUCAUCCAAAUGGUACUGCGUUCAAUGGAAACGGUGUUCAUAGUACAGAUGAAUCCGAAGAAAAUGACAAAUAGAGGUUGAUUAGGUCCAAUGGUCCAUAACUUUCGAAUAAGGAGACAAUGUUCUAACGGUUUAGUUGCGAAACUAAUUAUAUAUUUCAACCAUUACAAAACUCAAUAAAACUUUCAUUAAAUUGUAA